AUGAAUUUAUUGGAAUUGGUGAAGAAAUUAAAAGAAACUAAUUCAUUAGUAAAUACUACAUUAUCGGAGAAAUUAGUGAAUAAAUAUUGUAAUGAUUCGAAGAUUAUAUUUGAAGAUCAUGUGGAUCGUUCACAUGCUCUUGAAACACAUUUACCUAAAUUUGAAGAAGUAUAUCAAAUGACUGUAAUUCCAACACUUUGGUCUGAUUUAUUCAGUAUAGAAUGUGACAUAAUCGCAAAACUUAUGUCAAAUCAUGUUAAUAAACUUGGAAUUGAUCCUAAUUAUUCCAAUUUUAUACAAUUACUAUCACAUCUUAAUUCCAAAAUUCAUAAUACAACACAAGGUAUCAAAUUAUCUCAAUUCCUAUGUAUUCCUCUACAUACCUAUAUAUACCUAUAUAUACCUCUAUAUACCUCUAUAUAUUACUAUGUACCUCUAUAUAUUACUAUGUACCUCUAUAUAUUACUAUGUACCUCUAUAUAUUACUAUGUACCUCUAUAUAUUACUAUGUACCUCUAUAUAUUACUAUAUAUGGAAGAGAAAUAUGCAUCGGGUAUAUUAUCAAAUUUAACAGUAUAUAAUGAUAGAUUAAAUGUUAAAGUAAAUGAAGAUCGAGUAUAUUAUGAAAAUUGUUGUGUAGAAUUAUUAUAUUUAUCAGAGAAACAAUUAUUAGAUAGACCAGCAUUUAUUGAGAAAUGGAGAUUUAAAGUACUUAAAUUUUUAAAAGAUUUAAGUCUAACAUUUAAUAUUGACAAGUGUACACAUAAUUUGUCAAUACUCUUCUUUGAUUAUUAUAUACACUUGUGUACACAAAAUUAUAUUAAUACACCAUCAAGUGUUAAUACACUUGAUGAUUCUAAUUCACAUCUUUCACAUGAUAUUUCACAAGAAGAAGAUUUAGGUCCAUUUAAAGAGAAUGAAAUGUUAAAAAUUGGUACAGCAUGUUAUCUUUUAGCAGCAGCAUUACGUGAACAUUGGGUUGAUAUAAAUAAGGACAAAUAUUUAGAACAAGCUGUAGAAAUGAGUUAUAACGCCUUUUCUACUAAGGAAGUUAUUACUGUACAAUUGGACAUUAUUCAUAGAAUGCCUAAAGGUUUCACGUCCAUAUAUACAUGUAUGGAAUAUGGACUCUUUUAUCUAGCCAAUAUUAAAUUUAAUUCCAUAACACAUUUGGAUCAAUUGAUACAUUCACAUUCAAUUGAUACGGGUAAUCUUCGUAAUUCAUGUGAUACGGGUAAUCUUCGUAAUUCCAUUGAUACCCGUAAUCUUCAUAAUUCUAAUUCAUCGGGUACCGGAUAUAUUAAUAUGAAUGUGGAUGAAUUGAUGUUGAGUAAUUGUUUUAAUUUCAUGGUCAAGAGUGGUGCAUUACCAUGGUUAUAUCAUUGUUUGAGUAAGUGGGAUGAUAUAUAUAUAUCAAAGAAUUGGAAUAGGUUUAUUCCACCAAGUAGAUGUGCGGCAGUAUUUGUACUUCAUAUGUUCUUGACAUAUUUGAAUAUCGAUUCCAGGAAGGAUUUGAUUUGGUGUCGUCGAUUCUGUCAUCGUGUCUUCAAAAUGUUUUUUGACUCUGAUGUGGCACUUUGGUACCACGUCUUUAGAGAAAUAUUAUCAUCAUUUCUGCUAAAUGUUGAGAAGCAAGCGGGUAGAAGUACAAAUAAAAAUGAUAGAGUAGCAGAAGCAAGAAGAUCAGCUGAACUUAAACGCAUGUCAGAAAUGAGUUUCCUAUACUCACUUUCAUCCUCAAUCUUCAAUGCAACAGAAGCUAUUGUAAAUUUAUACCAUACCAAACUUAUUCUACAAUAUAUUAGUACAAAUGGAGUUGAAUUAGUUGGAUUAAACCCUAAACAAAUACAAUUAUUAUUAUCAAAUAUUAUCAACAUAUUAAUCAAACAUUAA